CUAACCUUAGCUUCUCCUCCUCUCCUCCGUUGCAGACACCUCUCUCUCUCUCUCUCUCUCUCUCUCGUAACGGAAUCGUCUCCGUUGAUGCGAUUUCUCCCGAUAUUCGAUAUCACUCUGCAAAGACCGGCGCAUUGAUGCGGUUUUCGCCGAUAUCUGAUAUAUUUCUGCAGAGGACGGUCGACGUAUCGCUUCCCGUUUUCACACUUCGGCAUUGAACAUGAUGAGAUACCAGAGAGUAAGCCCAGACAUUCUUCCUUUGAGCAAUGGAAGGAAAUCCAACUUGCGAACGUGUAAGGAAGAUGAUGCCGACAGCGGGAGAAUUUCAAAUUACAAUGGCUUUGAAGGGAAGGCGCUUAGGUUCAGGCCUGGAUCGACCCCUUCGACCAGCCAAGACCAGAACUUUGCGCAGUUUCCAGUCUCCGACUCUCUGCAACCUGAGAAUCACGCUGCCAAGAGCCUGAAUAACCAUGAGAACAGCCCAGGAGGUGACCUUUUGUUGCGGUGGGGGCACACCAAGAGGUCACGUGGGUCAAGGUCAGACAGUCGGGCGGCCACUGACGAUUCAUCGUUGCAGACAAGGCAGGUGAUCAAGAUCCAUCGGAGAAUGGUCACUGGGGUGAAACAAACGGUGGUGAAUCAGGCAACGGCUGGGAUGCUACCGCCUUGUGCCGCUUCUGUCACUGCGCCAUACAGCCGAGGCGCAAAUCUGAGGCCGUGCCUGCCAGCCCCCCGUGAAGCUCCGGCACCUCUUCUCAACAGGUGGCGUGGAAGAUCUGCCACCAGUGUUCUUUUCCCUGUUUCUUCCUUCACCGAGUAUCUUUUAUCUCAUCUUGCACUUGCCAUGAUCAGGAACUUGGAAGAUCGGUCGGCCCAUGGGAAUGGGCCCCAGUCCAGCAACGGCGGCAGCCGGAUCCUCCCUCGAUCUGCUGAGAAACGAUCUCGAUCACCUCCCUCGUCCGAGAAAGCAGAUAAAUCGGCUUCCUGCUCUGCAACAGCCGUCAGCGAGAAGCGAAACGGGUUGGCAGCACCAGCCGACCCCACGAAUGUUGAAUCCACCCCACGGCCCGAACCAGAUGCCACUGGGGCCGCUGAGAAGGUGAACCUCGAUCUGUUCGAGUGGCCGAGGAUAUACAUCUCGCUGUCGAGGAAGGAGAAGGAAGACGAUUUCCUUGCAAUGAAGGGCACAAAGCUCCCUCAGAGGCCCAAGAAAAGGGCCAAGAACGUGGAUAGGGCCCUUCAGUACUGUUUUCCUGGGAUGUGGCUCUCGGACCUGACGAGAAGCCGGUAUGAGGUUAGAGAGAAGAAAUGCGUAAAGAAGUUGGUGCAGAAGCGAAGAGGACUGAAGGGAAUGGAGAGCAUGGAGAGUGAUUCCGAGUAGAGAAAAUCCCCACCUUCCACCGAGAAUCUAUUGGAGAGAUAAACAGAAGCGAGUCAUCGUCUGCGUUGGCCUCUGCGCCGAGCACACUAACGUACGCAUAUGGCCUGUUAGGCGUGAGCAUCAAUCGGCGUCACCCAUGCAUUUCCCAUUCCUCUCGAAAUUUCAGGGGGGGUUGAGGGACUGAGGAGGAGGGGAUUCCCUUCGCUCCUGAGGCUCUUGUACAAAUUUGUAGCUUUGGUCAAUGAAAUUUAAUUUUUCAGUA